AAACUGAAUACAUCUAUCUGUUGGGCGAGAACCAAGAUUUAUUAAUAACGAUAUUUUGUUCCAAGCGUACUCAUUUUCACAUUCAUUUUGAUCCUCCUCCCCUCCAGGUAUUUCCUUUUUGUAUGACAAUCAUUUCGCGAAGAGGUGACAUUUUGAAGUGAGCAGGAAAGUUCUAGUUCAUAUGUCAAGUGAAUAAUGGAAAGGUUCUCUUAAUGGGCACAGACUUAACUUUAUGACUGAAUUCAACAUCGUCGAUGAUCCGUCAUCUUACUGAAACUAAUUCUGCUGAAAAAAAAAAUCUAGAAACAAAUCGCCCGCCGGUUUGUUAGAUAAGAUACAUGAUAAAAAGAAAAAAAGAAAAAAAGGCGCCGAGGAGAGAAACUUAAAGAAAGUCAAUUUAUUUUCAUUUUUUUUUUUCAUCGUUAUUUUCGAAGAAUAUUUGCAUAUUGACAGGUGCCUUGGAAUAAGGGACAUGAACUUGCUCGCAUCUCUAAUUGUCAGUUCUCAAGGAAGUCACGUCGGCGGGCGAAGCGUUUGUCAUCUUGGUUUAAAUAUUCAUCCUCUCUAUAGUGAUUAUUUGAACAGCCACAGCAAACAGCAAGAACAUUGAAAUCUACAGCGGAUCACUGUAUCUUUUCACCGGAAAAUUAACUUGUAGCACUUCAUGAGUUUUGGUUAGUUCUUGGAAAUUCACCUUCCUUUACGACCCGUAAAUUGCCCCACAAGUCCGUUGCCGGAAACCAAGUGAUAAAUGCAACAUAGUGGACAGCAAACAAGUACACCGCUAAGACGCCAACGCAGCACUACGCACAGAUAGGGAAUUUUUAAGGCGCUUCUAGUGAGUAUAACGUGAGGCUUUUGUUCGAUGUAAAUCUACGAAGGUAACUAUGAGCAAUUCGGGGAAUUUCACUCUGGAGAAAGGGCAGUCAUCUGGAACUCCGGCCGUGGUUGUUGCACAAAGUGUUUUCCUUGCGCUUGUAAUGUCAGUUGGGGCCGUCGCCAAUAGCUUUAUCUGCCGAUGUAUCCUCGCUCAUCGCUCUUUGCGAACUAUCACUAACUCGUUCAUAUUUAAUCUGGCCGUUACAGACUUGCUCCUGUCUGUACUCUGCAUGCCAUUUGCACUAGUCUCAUCUAUCACAGGGAUGUGGGUUUUUGGCGAGGUGAUGUGCGUCUUAACGGGAUUUCUCCUUUCCGUCUUCUGUAUAACGUCCAUACUGACCUUGGCUCUGGUCGCUAUCGACCGCUACUUUGCCAUCUGCCGUCCUCUGAAAUAUUGUACACUCGUAACGCAGAGAACCUGCUUGGUGAUGAUCGGGUACGUUUGGUUACAUUCAGCUGUUUGCGCUAUUAUGCCAGUGUUCGGCUGGGGAGAAGGUUACAGAUUUGUGGCUGUGGAAUGUAUUUGUCGACCUUCAUUUGGUAAACCUUCGGUCGAUAACGGAUACACUUUCUUUCUAUUUCUAAGUUGUUUCGCGGUGCCCUUUUCGGUCAUUGCGUUCACUUACGUAUCCAUCUUAUGCACAGCAAGGAGACAAUUCAGACGAGUUCAUCACCACAAAGGCAUAAACGUCGGUGAAAUGAGCAAUGUGACCCAAGGAAAUUCACAAUUUAACGGUGAAACGACAUUUGUCCGCACGCCUGAAAACACGGUGAUCGCUGACGAAAUCACAUCUGCAACUAACACGUCUCGUGUUAAAAAGCUAUAUGCCCCGAGAGCGAUACGAAACAAACGAAGGAAGAAAGUGCGUGGUUUCAAAAUGCUGUGGAUUAUCAUAGUAGUUUUUCUUAUCUGCUGGAGCCCAUAUUUCCUACUUAUAUUUUACGGUUCCAUAAAUAACCACAGUUUCUCGAAAGCGGUCAAAGUUCCAACAACUCUACUGACGUUUCUCAAUAGCGCGCUCAAUCCUUUUCUAUACGGGUUUUUGAACGGAAAGUUUCGUGAUAGCAUGCGAAACUUUCUCGGACAAAACAUUACUUUCUGCAAGUGCAGGAAACAAAAUACUACAGAAUCACACGUACAUCAUAUUAAUUAGAGAUUUUUUCUGAGUUUCUGUUUCGCAUACUGGCGUACAUUUAUUAGCAGACAAAAUCGAGAGCAGAAGGAUGGACGGUUGUCAGCUUAUAACACCGAACCAUUUAUUUUAAUUGCUAUUUUUCCAAGCAGUCACUCCCCGUUAACAAUUUUACCUCCGACCAAUUAAAGAUAAAAUUCAAACAAAGUUUUACAGUCAUGUUGGAAACAAUAGCCAAAUGGCCUCGAGGCUUCUUUAUGAAUGCAAACGAUGUAAUUGGUUUAACAUUGGCUUAUCUUUCAAAAUACUAAAAGCUUUUGGCUUAGUUUCAUUGAGAUCGUGUAUGCAUCUCAUCUCACUGUGACUUCAAAUUUCAUAUACCACAGCAGGUGGAAAUUGGAGAAAUACAUUUAGCUCAUUUGGAAAAAUUUAUUUCAAGUUAACUGCUGAGGAAUUGAUGUAAAGUUAAGUUUUCGUUUGUUCACUUGUUUUAUUUUUGUUUCGUUGCCAUUAAUCUUCGUUGCUUUGUUUUUCGUUUUCUUUUCAAACAAGUUCAAUAUAACUCGUUCAUUUUCCUUUAGGACGUCGCUCAGUCGAGACUGAAUUUCCUCUCUUUAACCUCUCAGUAUCGGGCCAAACUGAGGUGAAAAAUCCGAUAAUUUUUCUGACUUUAUUCACGAAAAAACAUCCUCCAAUCUAUUAAACACUGUGGUGAUUUUUUGACUUCCCAGAUUAAAUUUUUAUUUCUUUUCGAAGUAUUACCAAGCGCAUAAUUCAUUAAGGAAAAACACUCUGACUUUAGGUUUUGCCUCAAGGGACUUCAUGAUAACCUUUUUUACUGUUUCAACCGGAUGAACAAGUCAUUUUUAUGAAGCCCCUCGUUGCUUUCAAAAUCUGAAAAGUUCUACUGAUGGGCUAGCUCUCUAACAGAAUUGACCCUAGAAUGGCAAAGACAUCCGCCCGACUCGCAAAAGCGCCGUUUCCUGGCAUGCCCAUCGUGCAUCACUCGCUUUGAAACGGCGUAAAGUUUUCUCGAUGUAACACGCAGGGUAAAAGUGGGUUCACCUGAGUAGUUUUAACACUGAUAGGGGAAUAGAGCUACUACAGCAGCAUGCAAGCCCUUCAUUAAGAAACAGAAAAACUGGAGAGCUGUGUGACAGCGGACAGCGGAGGAAACAAAUAUACGAAAUACGCUUUUCACAGCUGUUGAAAACAAGCCAAUCACAGCGGAGCAUUACGCUUUGCAAACAGCCGUUGUUAUCGUCCGAAGAGGAUUAGCAAUCUGCGGUCGAAUUUCGCAGUUCACACAAGAAGCAAAAACAUCGAUCGUGAGACAGGAUAUGAAACUUCAUUAACAGAGAUGACUCUUUUGUUUUUAUUGGGGAGAUUGAUGCCUAUUCCCGCAGAAUUUUGUCGAAAACUUCGGAAUAACACAUGGUAUAGCAUCGUUUCUCCAAAUUUGAAAAUACAUUGCAUCAUUUUAGUCAAAGCGUUUUAAAAAGGCAAAACUCUACGCUUUAAGAAUUCUCUUGUACCAUACUUAAAUCUGUCUGACCCUACGAUACCUACCAGUGAGAUUAAAAAAUGUUGAGAGAAAGUAAAUUUAAGAGAUAUUUUUGAAAUUCUUCAUUCGCCUUCAAAGUCUGGAAAAAUAAAGUAAUAUAUUUCUUUGGGAAGUCUUUCCCAUGAACGAUUAAAAAUAAUUAAUGUUUUAACGCAGUAACUGAAGGAAAGUACGACAGGAAACAUCGUCAGUUGUUUCACGUUUUUGUCCUGAGAGCAAUUCGGGACGCAUUAAUACCUUAGAGCAAUAUUCCGUCGAACUGAAGAGCGAGCGGAUGAUGUCUUUUAGCACAUGAGCGAAGAUUUGAGUUUCCAGAGAAACAGGUGUACUAAGAAGAUCAGUUUUAUAUCAUUUUAUCCACAGAACGUGCAUGUACCUGUAAUAUCAUCUU